AUGAAUCCAAAACAUAUUAUAUAUUUAUUCAUUUCCUUUUUUUUCUGCCAUGUUGCAUAUGGAGAUAAGUGUUCAGAGCCUCUUACAAGUAUUAAAUUCGAAAAUUUUUCAUUGUUUCAUUUGGUUAAAGCUCAUGAUGAUAGCGAAGAGAAAUUAGGUACUUGGAUUCAUUUUUUUUUUAAUCAAUAUCGUGACGUUGAACUUGCUGUAAAAUAUAUGCAGAGAUUAAAUAUAAAUCUUAUAAAUCAAGAAGAUCAAGCAUGCUUUAUAAGAGGAUUUAAUAUAUACAUGAUUCAUAUGCUUGCUAGUCAAAUUAAAAUCGUAACAAAAAACGGAGCAAAGAAUUUUUAUGAAGAAAAAUAUUCUACUAUAAAACAUUAUUGCACGGAUUUAUUGGAGGUAGCAAACACAAUAUCACUUCAUAAAUACUUAGAUAGUAUAAUUAUGAGUUCUGAACUUGCUAGAAAAGCAGAAGGAAAUCUUGGUAUCUUAAAAAGUUUGAUAAAGAAAGUGAGUAUGGAACAUCCUGCAAUGUUUACAGCUGAUCCUAUGAAAACUUUAAGCGCUGUUAAAAUGGUUGAAAGUAUUGACGACCCAUCCGUGGAUGUUUCAAAGUUUGCUAUCCGUGAUUAUCAAUUAUUAGCUAUAUUCAGUUUGAAAAGUCAUUAUUACAAUGCAAAUCUCAAUAAUCCCAUACUACAUGUUCGAGAAGAUAUUGAUAGUAAAAUACGCUUAUGGUUUAGAAAACGUAGUAAAUUAUUUCCUUUAUAUAAGACUCACGCAAUGAUGGAGGGACCUAUGCAUUGUAAUGUAAAUGGAAAGACCUAUUAUGACACCCCCGAUUUUUUCGUUCAAGGAUUUUUUUCAGCUAUUAAAGAAAAAAUGACGAAAAUAUACACACAUUUUUUGAACAAUUUUAACAGUGCAGUAGAAAAAAAAUCAUAUAAAAUAGAAUCAUUAAAAGGUAUAAGAUAUUUAAAAAGUCUUUUCCUAAGAAAAACCUUUCCAAAUUUUGUAAGAUUACAUGUUGAUUACAUAGAAACCGAAUUAAACUUCUUAAAAGAAACUUUUCUUGAUAUGUAUGAUAAUACUAUAAGUUGUUACGCCAAUGAAUAUUCUAAUCUAGCUGGUAACAAUUAUGUAAGUUCUAAGAUAUUUACUACUUGA